CUUCCAAACGGGAUAAAUCUGGACCCGUUUUCCAGACACCGUCGAUCAGACCUGAGAGUCACUAUCAUCACAGCCUUUUUCUCACUUCACUCUUCUGCAUGUUCAGGUGCAAAACGGCGUCGUUCCGCAUUCCAUCAACGCUCUCUCCAGAUGCAUGCUUCUUAUUACCGGCCUUGGUAAAGAUAUGUAUCUUGGACAUGCUGUUGGUUUUAAUGCUGCCAUCUUCACCUUCCAGUAAUGGUUGCAUUCCACUUUAUAAGAUAGAACUAACGUUUUCUUUAUACUCCAUUCUUUUGCUGAGAAGACACAGGAAGAGAACAUUUUUAAGCUGGAGCAUUAUCUUAGAAUUGUUUAUGGCUGAUGAAAAGAUUAUCUUAUGGAGUUAUGAUUCCCAAAGCUUGAUAUCGAAUUUUUUGUUAUUGUCUUGGUCUUUGGCACUUUGGCACUUGCUAGUCUACCGGAAUCUUUGCAACUUGUUGACUCGGGUGUAUCAACAUUUGGAUUUAACUGCCAGCCUUUGGCCGGUCCAAGCUGGGGGGGUGGGGGCGGGUGGGUGGUGGUCAAACAUAGAGGAAAAUAUCACCGAAUGA